AUGAAAGCAUAAUUUGAAGUUGAAGCUAUUGUUGGUAUGCGUAAAAAUCUUUCUAAAGUUGAAUAUUUAGUCAAAUGGCUUGAUUAUUCAGAAGAAGAAAAUUCAUGGUAAUUUGUUUUCUUAUUUAAAAUACUCUAGGGAAUUUAAAGAAAAUUUAGUUAGAAAUUGUAAUGAACUAAUCAAUCAAUUUCAUUAAGAUCAAUUUUUCCAAAAAUUUAAAGGUCUCAUCACAGAUUAUAAAGAAAUUAAAGGAAGUUUGAGAACAGAUUAACCUUUUCAAAUUGUUCGAGAAUUUGAAACUCAUUAUUUAGUCAAAUUUAUUAAUUAAUUUAGAUCGCUUAUUAUCCAAGAAAGAAUAUAUUCGUUGGCUCCUCUCUAAUUAAUAAAUCAGAAGCUCCAAUUGAUCUAUUAUAAGAAUUUUAUUGUAAUUAAGAAGAAGAAAAAGAGUAAAAUUAAUACAACAAUCAGCGGAUUGGAUGUAUUCUAGAAGUCUAUGAAAAAUAAUCAAAUGUUGUUUUAUUAGAAUCUAAAGAAAGAAUUUUAGUUGAUAACAAUAUAAUUAUUGAUAGAUAACCAGAACUUUUACUUGAUUAUUUUGAAAAUAUGAAUUGGAUCACAAUAGUCGAAUGA